UCUUUUGCAGACAUUUUUGUUGCAAUCGUUUGUGAAUUGAAUUGUGAUUUAAAUCGGAUUUAAACGGUGUUUAGGAAAUGGUGUUCACAUCACAAGUGGUCCGACAGUGGAUCAAACACCCGGCGUUUCGUAAAUGGUAUUACAAUUUGAGUGGUUAUAACAAAAUGGGUCUGUACAAGAAUGACAUCGAGUGUCUGGGUAAACUGCCUUUCCAUCCGAGCGAUGAGGACGUCUACAACGAGGCGUUGCGUCGACUGCCGGGCGAUGAGUACGAC